AGCACUCCAGAUAACCUAUUUUAAUGAAAACAUCUUAUGCAUAAAUGAAGUAAACAGAAAGCAAAACUAAACGUGGGUAAAAAUGGGUGUGUAGAUAAAGUUUUAUUGUCGACACUAGAAACCUUGCUCUCUUGAUAAGUUCGAUUAACGUGAUGGCGGUGGUGGUUGACAAAUAUAUCUUGACCGAGGCGCUCUCUGCCAUUCUGGGAGUCACUGUGAAAUUGCAGUCAGACUGUAAGGAUUUAAAUGGAGCCAUUCAACUGCAUAUUACCAGUCUUACAACUCUGGCCCUUCUUGGUUAUGAUGCGUUCAUGCUUGUGGUCCAGCCUGUGAGUUAUAUAACUUCUUUACUGACGGGGUGGUUUAUUGGUGAUCAGAAAAAUUCCCAAGAAACCCCGAAAAACGAAAGCGCGAGCUCUUCUCUCCGGAAGGAAUUAUUUGUGAUCCCAGAUGACUUUUUCGACCAAAAGUUUGACUUUGACUUCACAAACAUGUCCGAGUCAAAGUCUGAUGAGUGCAUGCGCGGGGACGAGCCGUACAAGCGCCCCUACGGGUGGAUGCGCUUCGCGCUGAAGGUGCGGGACAAAUACCCGGACGGGAACGCUUGGCUGGGAACAGGAGGAUGGAGGAGCCGUUCCGCGCCCGGUGAGUGGCCAGUCUCCUACCACGGAACCGACUUACAAGGAGCUGCGGGAAUCAUACAGACGCAGUAUACUGCGGGAGACCGUCAGGCUUACGGAAGAGGGAUUUAUUCAUCUCCUGACAUCAACGUAGCAGAUGUGUUCGCAAAAACCAAGAACUUCAUUUCGCAAAAGAAGUCAUCAUGCAGAACAGAAUCAACCCCAAGAAGAGGGAAAUCAAGAACAAGGACAUCUGGUUGGUCCCUAUCCCUGAAGGCACAUCAGCUGAGAAAGAGAAAGAAAUCGUGGAAAAUUCAAUCCGUCCUUACGGCCUCCUGCUUAAAAAGGUGCAAGGCCAACAGUAGGCCUUGUUGGGCAAUUUGACCCCACUGCUAAAACAAUAUAACAAAUCAAAACGAAUAACUGGCGAACAUCUACACUGCUAAUUCAUUGCAUUUAUACUUAUUUUAUAUUAGUGGUUCAUUUUUAAUGGAGAAUGAUUAUCAAUGUCAUUUAGUCAAUGUUAAGAAUAUUUGUCAGGUUAUGUCAUUGGGUCUUUAAAACACCAGAUAGUUAAACACUUCUCAUGCAGCUUUUUCUGUUGUAUCCCUAAUUACAAUGGCGUUACUGUGGCAUGUGGACUGCGAGGGGUGGAAAAUCUAAUGACCCAUGCAGUUUAUGGCUUGACAUACACAUUCAUAUCCAUGAACAUGUGAAACAGUUGCAUUACCAUGAAGUAAUCAUCUAUACCAGUGGUUCCCAAACCUGUCCUG